AUGGUCCUGACUGCCUGUGAUGGGAAUGGGGAUGGGGGGCCCUGGAAAGGGUCUCCUGUUGGGAACGGGCUGGAACAGCAGGACGGGCUCUUUCCUGUGCGUGGGAGAAGCAUGGUGAAGCUGGCCCCUGGGAGCAGCAGCUGCAAAAUCUGCACCCUGAUGGCCGCUCUGAAUGACCAUGGGCAGCUCCGACAGGUGGGGCCGGCAGGGGAGCUUAGUGCAGCCCCCGUGCGGCUGCUGCUCAGAGGGCAGAAAUGGGGUGGGGGGGUAGCCGUCUCCCCAUUCUCUGCCCCUGACAUCAACAAGGUCACCAGGGAGCUGAUCCCACCGGGCCGGAAGCUCCCGGCAGAUCCCAGACAAACCUCCUUGUCUACCUGCACGCUCCCUCCCCGGAAGGCUCACUGGGCCACCCCAGAAAGGUUUGACAGACUUCUGCUGUUCACCCUCAGGGCGCUAUUACCGCCUGACAGCAGGAGCUCCGUGAUCCCCCUGAAGGAUCCGGAGCACAAGCUGCUGCCUCUGCACUUUGCGGUGGACCCAGGGAAGGACUGGGAGUGGGGGGAAGACGACAACGAUAAUUCCUCUCUCUCUAGUCUGAUCCUGUCGCUAGAAGCCACGCUGAACCUUCUGCACAGCUACAUGAAUGUGACGUGGAUCCGGAUCCCCUCCGAGACCCGGGCCCCUCUGGCGCAGCCGGAGUCCCCGACGGCCUCGGCGCGGGAGGACGUGCAGUCCCUGACCGACUCGCUGGACUCGGACCGCGACUCGCUGUGCAGCAACUCCAACAGCAAGAACGGCAAGGACAAGGAGAAGGAGAAGCAGCGCAAGGACAAGGACAAGACCCGCGCGGACUCCGUGGGCUUCCAGCUGAAGAAGAACAUGGGCGGCCUGGUGCACGGCCCGAUGAGCUGCUCCAAGUCAGCCAACGGCAAUCACGGCGACGCGCCCGAGCGCGGCAAGGAGAAGGCCAGCGCGCGCAAGGGCAGCAAGGAGGAGUCGGGAGCCUCGGCCAGCACGUCGCCUUCGGAGAAGACCACGCCGUCGUCCACGGGCAAGGCAGCAGGCGCGUCGCCAGCCGACAAGGGCGGCGGGCCCCGCGGCGAUGCCUGGAAGUACAGCACGGACGUGAAGCUGAGCCUCCACAUCCUGCGCGCCGCCAUGGAGGGCGAGCGCAAGUUCAUCUGAGCCGGCCUGCUGCUCACCAGCCACCGGCACUAGUUCAACGAGGAGAUGAUCGGCUACUACCUGUCCAGCGCGCAGUAGCGCUUCAGCGCCGAGUAGCGGCGCCGCGACGCCUCCGCCGCCUCCACGGCCAAGGGGCCGCCGCGCAUGCCUGAGGCCGAGGGCGGGGUGAGGCUCGAGUGCGCCUCGCCGGGCCCCACGCAGCUGGUGCUCAAGCUCAAGGAGCGCCCGAACCCCGGUCGGCGGAGGGGGCACGGGCGGCGCGGCCUCCACGGGCCCCGGCGGCGGCGGCAGCGGCAGCGGCGCGCGGGCGCCAGCGGACCGGUCCCCGGGCAGCCCCCCAGGGGCAGCCCCCCGGCGCCGGGGCGCCAGAGCGUUAUCCACGUGGAGGCGGUGGGCGCGCGGGACAAGGCGUGCGCCCCCGCCGUGGGCGUGCUGCGGCCGUGCUCCUUGUACCCGCGGCAGAGUCGCGAGUUGUCGUCGCUGAUCUACAGCUCGGCGCGCGCCGCCGCCCUGCGCACGGUCAACACGGUCGAGUUCAUGGCGCCCGUCCCAGGGGCCUUGCCCGGCGCGGCGGGGGCGGCGGGCGUGGCCGAGCGCAAGUCGCAGACCUACGCCAACGGCUUCGGCUCGGCGCGCGACGGCCUGGAGUUCGCCGACGCGCCGGACGCGCGCUCGAACGGUGAGGGCGGCCCCCAGCGAGAGAAGUGCGCGUUCUACGGGCGCGCCGAGACCGAGCACUACUACUCGUACUGCUGCCGCGAGGAGCGGCGGCGGCGGCGCUGGGCGCCCGCGGCCCGGCCCUGA